AUGAGCAACACUCGCACUGGCCGCCGUGGCCUCGCGCGCAUUGUCGCCGCAACCUUUCUGACGGCGUUGUUCGGUAUUGUUCGAGCGGGGCCUUCGUACGCAGGUCGAGUUGCUGCGGGCAACAGCGAAAUCGUCCUCGGCAACAAGGUCCCUCUGGAGGCGCACAUUGUCAGCAAGUGUCCAGAUACGAGGGACGCCCUCCGAGAACUCAUCCUUCCUGUGAUGCAACGUGUCUCUGACAAGGUUGACUUCAAACUCUCCUACAUUGGAAAGCCGGCUCCCCACGAUGGCGUCCAGUGUAUGCAUGGUCCGUCCGAAUGCAUAGGAAAUAUCAUCGAACUCUGCGCGCGAGAACUAUACCCCGAUCCUAAGCUUAGUCUUGGUUUUAUUCUAUGCCUUACUGAGGACUAUAAGCGCAUCCCCGAGCGUGCUCUUAUCGAGGACUGCGCCCUAGAGCAUGCUUUGGACUUUAAUGCUCUAAACGAGUGCGCGACCCGCGACGACGGUGCCUAUGGGCUGGAAGUUCUGCGCAACAGUAUCACCAGGACAGCAGAUGCUGGUGUAACAAAGUCCUGCACGGUUCGACUAAACAACGAAAUCUACUGCAUCCGCGAUGGCGGUAAAUGGACUGACUGCCCUCAUGGCGCUGGCGUUGACGACCUGGUCAUUGCUAUUGAGAAGCUUUCCCGUUCCUCCUAA